AUGGAUUGGUUUGGGAAGUACAGUGGGGGAACAACAAAGACAGCAGCAGCAGCAGCAGCAGCAGCAGCAGCAGGACCAUCACAACAAUCACAACCACCGUCACACGGGCCUCAGCUCGGAGAUGAGCGAAAUCCACAGCCUUAUUCCUCACAGGGGAGCACACGAAUGCAAAUAGUCAUCGACUCCUCACCAAUUGAACACCCGUCUACAUCGGUGUACGAUGGGGUCGAGGAUGAGUAUGAAUAUGAGCUGAGCCAUGUUGCCACCACAAAUCUCAUGCCACGGGCUUGGAAGCAUGCAAGUGCCGGCGCUAUGAUACCAUGCGGUGCGUCAGAUUCUGCAACCGCCGCCUUCUCGGCGUCAAAACCGGGUCCAAAAAGGUCAUCAAGACCAGCACCACCGCCACAGCCACAGCCACAGCCACAGCCACAGCCAUCCUCCUCCUUCGACAUCCCAAUACCGGAGCGCAAAAAGCGCGGCCGGCCAAAAGGCUGGAAGCCAGGCAUGCCCUAUUCGACCAUGAGUGAUCGUCCCACCUCGGAAGCCGCCAAGCUGGCCCGGGAAAAAUACCUGCGCGAGAAUCCAGGGGUCGUCGCCCCCGCCGCCAGGGGCAGACCACGCACGGCGGCACCCAAGGGCCCGCCGAAGCCGCGCGGCCGUCCGCCGAAGAAGCCGCCGCAGACUCCGCGGCAGGUCCUGGACGGUCUGGAGCGGCGCUACGUGCCCUUCAUCUGCGAGUGGAAGGGCUGCAAGGCGGAGCUGCAAAACAUGGAGACGCUGAGGCGCCACGUGCGUAAAGUGCACGGCAGGGACGAGGUUUGUCGGUGGUCGACAUGCGUCGCCUCCGGGUCGACCGAGGUCUUUGGCACCAACGACGAGUUCAUCGGCCACGUUGAGCGUGCCCACCUCGUGCCGUUCCAGUGGCACAUGGGAUUUGGCUACAGCAACGAGAAGCCUUUGCCUCCUAGGAUAAAAUCCGGCGAGGACGCGCCCAUGCCUGCCUAUCUGCUGGAUGAAAACGGGACGCAGGUGACGCCCUGGAUAAGAGAGCUAGAGGUUGAGGACCAAGUCACUCGUCUCGCGCGACGAAGAAAGCUGCGCCUUGCGCUAAAGUGGAUGAACGAUGAGGCUCCAAUAGCGGACGGAGACAACAGCGAAGAGGAAGCUUCAAGCUGA